UUAUUAUCCCAAAAGUGGAGGAAGGGGCAUAAUGGGUAACAAGUGAAGAGACGACGUUGUUGGAUUGCAGAACCUUAUAUUAACCACAUCGCAUCUCACAAUCUCCUUCAACUGCAUUUGUUCCUUUCUUUUACAUCCACCAAAUAUGUUGGCAGUUUUCCAUAAAUCUGUUGCAAAGAGCCCAGAGGCUCUGCAGACCCCUAACUCUAAUUCUCUCUCUUCCCUUAAAGAUGCCUUUCUAGCCAACCACUUCUCUUCCGUCCACCCUGGUUCCGUCACCGUCAAUCUUGGCACUUCUGGUCUUUUAGCCUAUUCUCUUCACAGACAAAACCCCCUCCUCCCCAGGCUGUUUGCAGUGGUGGAUGACAUUUUCUGCUUGUUCCAAGGUCACCUUGAGAAUGUUGCUAAUCUUAAGCAACAGUAUGGAUUGAAUAAAACAGCAACCGAGGUGAUCAUUAUCAUAGAGGCAUACAGGACUCUAAGAGACCGUGGUCCUUAUCCUGCUAAUCAGGUUGUGAGAGAUUUCCAAGGCAAAUUUGCAUUUAUUCUGUAUGACAGUGGUUCUAAGACUGCAUUUGUUGCUGCGGAUGCUGAUGGGAAUGUUCCCUUUGUCUGGGGAACUGAUGCUGAUGGAAAUCUCGUUUUUUCAGAUGAAGCAGAGAUUGUAACCGCGAGCUGUGGGAAAUCAUCGGCUCCAUUCCCCCAAGGAUGUUUCUUUACAACAUCCGGAGGUUUGAGCAGUUUUGAGCAUCCACUUAAUGAGCUGAAGCCUGUACCAAGGGUUGACAGUUCUGGACAGGUGUGUGGUGCCACAUUCAAGGUGGAUGCCGAGGCUAAGAAGGAAACAACUGGCAUGCCAAGGGUUGGGAGUGCUGCUAACUGGUCUGAUAAUAUCUGAUUGCUAUUUCAUUCUGUUUGAAUUAAGGCUUUUAUCAUAGCUGUACUCAGCUGAAUUUUCAAGUUCUGGAUCUGUUCGCAUAAUAUGAUGAUGACUUUGAGAGGCUCUAGCGAGGCUUAGCAUGUCAUAUUUAUUUAGUUCCUGAAUCUGAGAUAUGAUUUCAUUUAGCUGUACAAGUUGCUUUCAAGCAAAAUAUUAAGCUCAUACUCUCUUGGCACAUAUUAUGUAAUAAUAUAAACUUGCGGACAGGUUCAUCCUAAAAAUUAUGGUUAUUUACUGCCUUUGUUU